AUGGCCAAAAACCCAGUUCAUCAUGGAUGUACCAAACAUAUAAAGAUAAAAUUCCAUGCAGUAAGGGAAGCUGAACAAGAUGGUGAAGUUGGGUUGAUACACUGCCGGGGAGAAGAACAGGUCGCAAACAUCAUGACUAAGCCAUUAUCCAAAGCCAAGGAUUUCCCCGUUGGGACCCUUUUGGGAUCAUGUUUUAGAAUAUUGGAAAGCAAGUUUAGAGUUCCCCAACAAGGUCCUUUCUUUAAAUGUGAAGAUAUGAAAAAUGAGCCCUUACUCAAUAUAAAGAGAUUGGCAAAGUUCUUGGGGCAGCCAUUUUCCUUGGAAGAAGAAGAAAAUAGGACUGUGCGUGAAAUUGUUAGACUUUGUAGCUUUGAGAACAUGAAAAAUUUGGAGGUGAACAAGACUAGUAUCUAUCGUGUUCAAGGUUCUAAGAACGAUAUCUUCUUCAGGGAAGGUAAGGUUAGAGAUUGCAAGAACCAUUUAACAACUGAAAUGAUGGAGAGUCUCGACCAAAUCACAGAGCAAAAGUUCCAUGCUUCUAGCUAG